AUGGCUGCUCCGAAGCUCGCGACGCUGGCGCUGGCCGUGCUGCUGGCGGCGACCGUGGUGGCUCCGCCCGCCGCGGUGCGCGCGGCGAUGUCGUGCUCCACGGUGUACAGCACGCUGAUGCCGUGCCUGCCGUUCGUCCAGAUGGGCGGGGCGAUGCCGCCCCAGCCGUGCUGCGGCGGGAUCCGCAGCCUGCUGGCGCAGGCCAACAACACCCCCGACCGCCGCACCAUCUGCGGCUGCCUCAAGAACGUCGCCAACGGCGCCAACGGCAGCGGCACCUACAUCAGCCGCGCCGCCGCGCUGCCCAGCAAGUGCGGCGUCUCCCUGCCCUACAAGAUCAGCGCCAACGUCAACUGCAACACGUACGUCGUCUACACGCUAGCUCCGGCCGUCUUCUCUCAUCCUACUACUGCUGCAGUUAUCUUUGUUGGAUUAACUGAGGCGUCCUGGCGCGUCCCGUGCGAGGAAUGCAUGGCGGAGAGUAAUAAAAUAAUGCUACUGGUAUUUGAAGCUAGAUCGAGUGUGGGCUAG